AUGGCGUCGCACCGGUCGCUCGUGCGCCUGCUGGUGCUCUGCGUUCUCUGCGUUGCUUCUCUCGCGUCCAAGCAGCGCUAUCUCUCCGUCAGCUUGGACGAGCUGCUCAGCUCCAAGGCUCACGUCGAAUGCCCUCCCACGAAGAAGUCUGGCCGGGCAAACGGCAACAAGUUGCCUCUGAUGCACCGCGACAGCCCAUGCUCGCCUCUCAACGGCGCUGGGAAAAUAAGCCGCCAGGCUUUGCCCACUGACGUCUUCGAGCGCGAUGUUCAAAGACUCAGGACUAUAUUUGCAGCGGCACAGUCCGGCGUGGCUGAUACCACCGCGGCCGCCCCUGCCCCAGCACCGGCAUCAGGCGUUACGCUCCCCAUCACCGGCAGCGACAACGGCAUAGUCCUGGGCAGCCAGGAUUACAGCGUCACGGUCGGGUACGGCACGCCGGCGCAGCAGCUGCCGAUGGACUUCGACACCCUCCGGCUAGGCGGUGGCAUCUCGACGCUCCGGUGCAAGCCAUGCCGUGCCGGUGCGGCGCCGUGCGACCCGGCCUUCGACCCCGGCAGGUCGUCGACCUUCGCCCGUCUCCCGUGCGGCCCGGAAUGCCCGUCCGUCUGCGACGGAUCGGCUUGCUCCUUGAAUAUAACGUUCCCGAGAAACCAUUCCGUCGCGGCCAAUGGCACCUUCGUCAAGGACACGCUCACGCUGUCGCCGUCGGCGACCGUAGCGAGCUUCAUCCUGGCCUGCGUUGACGUGGACAACUUCCACAUCACUGGUUCCAGCGGGCUGCUCGACCUGAGCCGGAGCAGGUUCUCCUUGGUGUCUCGGCUCACCUCUUCCCCGGCCGGCAACACGACGGCCGCCUUCUCAUACUGCCUGCCAGCGUCGCCGACGAGCUCCCGCGGCUUCCUCUCCAUCGGCGGCGCCCUGCCGGAGCUUUCCAGUGACCACGCGGCCUCCACUCCAUUGGUGGACACCCCAAAUCACAAGAACCUCUACUUGGUCAAGCUCGGUGGCAUCAACGUCAGCGACACGGAGAUCCCAGCCGCGCAGUCGAACCUCGCGGCGCUGGAGGUGGGGACAUCGUUCACCUUCUUCCCGCCGGCGAUCUACGGCGCCCUCCGCGACGAGUUCCGGAAGCAGAUGUCCCAGUACCCGAUGGCGCCGCCUUACCGCAUGCUCGAGACGUGCUACAACUUCACGGGGCUGCCGGGAUUUUUUAUGCCGGCCAUCACGCUCGCGUUCGAUGGCGGAGCCACUCUGCAGCCGGACGUGGCUCAGAUGUUGUAUUUCGUGGAGCCUGGUUACGUUUGCCUCGCCUUCGCCGCAUUGCCGGAAGUAUUCCCAUACUCGGUGAUCGGGAACCGGGUGCAGCAGACGGUGGAGGUGGUGUACGACGUUCGAGGUGGGAAGAUUGGGUUCAUCCAAGGAAGCUGCUAG